GCCGUGUGCACACUUGUAGGAAAUUAUCAUAUACCGGUAUGUGCUUUGCAGUGUGCUUUGAAAUUGGUAGCAGCUAGAGAUGGCGCACCUUGCCUCGUGCCCGCACCCUGCUGCAAACAUUGGUGCCAGUUUGCCUGGCUCAAUUGCAGAGGCAUGGCAGCAGAAGCAGGGGGGCAGUCGCCAAUUAUGGCCUGUGCAGCAGCAGCCUGCACGUCUGCGGCGCCAGCAACCUGCUGGACGACCAGCAGGAAGAUUGUUCCAUAAUGCUGCCUUUGCUUCUGAGCAUAUUCCCUCCGUUCAAGAGUACCCUCUGCUACAGAAAAAGCAACGUGGAAUUCAGCAAAGCACAGAAUGUGAACUGGACUUGGAGCAAGCGUUCAAAGAAACAGGCCGGGCUGUAGUGGGGGCAAGCUUGGCUGCUGCGGCCCAUGAGAGCAGGGGCGUCGCGCGCAAAGUAUUGCAGGGGUUGCCAGCAGCUGCUGUCUUUUGGGCAUCAGAAGUUGCACUCGCAGCGGGAGAGAUCGAACAGCCGGUUGUCAUCGCAAACGAGGACGAGCUCCCUAACAAAAUAAUAGCUGUUCUUUUCACUUUGGGCGUCCUUGCCUUGUCAAUUCUAACUGCGGGGGUAAUAUACUUGUCGCUGACGGAGUUCAAGGAGAAAAGGGAUAUUGCAAAACAAGAGUUGCUAGAGAAGCGAGCACCUAGACGUCGAACUGAGAAGGGGGUGGAGCCUGCAAAAUCGAAGAGCAAAUCAAGCCUUGACGUCUAUGAAAAGAUCCAGAAGAGCGAAACGCCGGGGACAAAGGUUGGACCAAAACAGUAGAUAGAUAGAGCUCAAUGGCAUGACCAAAUGUGGGACUCGGCCCAUACAACAGAACACUAGUGGUUCAAUGGGCCUGUAGCUUGAUUCAAGUUGAAGACCGCAAGUGAAUACCGCAAGAUGUCCAACUCAGGAGCAAACAGCCGAGUGCCUUCACCAUACAACUUCUAGCUAUAGCGCCCUUAGCCGCCUCAGGCCACCAUGAGCAGGCCAUCUCCGGCAGAACCGCAUAUCAUGUAUAUUUAUGCACGCAUGCAAUUGACUACGAUAAAUUGCCC